AUGUCCGCCACAGAAGACACAUCAGCGCACAAGCGCAAUGCCUCUGCGACCAGCGCAGUCCAAUCCACCCCUCCACCCGCGAAGCGUCUCACGGCACCGCUAUCCUCAGUCGCAGCCCUCCCGCCCGCCCGCCGCGAGUUCCCCCACGCCAUCGCUCUAGUGCUCUACCGCGACGGCGGCGACGAAGCCUCAUCCACCACAACCGUGCUCGGCGCCUUCGCCGCGCUGGCGGACGCCAACGCCGAGGUUCGGAGGGUAUCCAGGGAGCAGGGCGGCGCUGCUUCCUCGGCGGUAGACGCCACGAGCGACCUCAACCCGUUGCGGUGGGAUGCCCCUGACGGCGUGUCGUGCUGGGUUGAGCUGCAUGCCGUGAAACCUAAGAGUUUCGUGCCAAAGUCCACGUCCGCUUCGCCACAGCAGAAGCAGCAAGGAGGGGAUCAGCCAAAGAAGUUGUAUGAUUCUGACGAGGGUGAGGAUCCGGAUAUUGAUGAUGAGCUGGAUGAGGGAGGGCAUUACGACUAA